CUCAGUUUUGACUUGUCAUGUCAGAGUUUCCCUUACACACAAAUAGGGUUGUGGUCCUUGAAUCAUUCACACGCAUGCGCAGUGGCGUCACCGCUGCAGCGCGUGCUGAGAGGAACGACGCUUCCAAGGCAACGAGAUUUCAGCACCACCUCCGCCGUCCAGCGCGCGAGAACACCUCCGUAACGAUGGCACCGCGAAUGAACGUCUUUAACAUCAUAUAACGCGGAAUAGCUCCUGGAAAACGACGUCAGCGAAAGGACUGCGUAACAUAAGACCGCGAGGAGGCAGCGACGAUUAUUCGUGAGUGUGUACCAUAGUUGAGGACAGUCAUGCCUCUUGUGAAGAGGACCAUCGAGCCCAGGCACCUGUGCAGAGGAGCUCUGCCUGACGGGGUGACCAAUGAGCUGGAGUGCGUCACCAACAGCACACUGGCAGCCAUUAUUAAACAACUGGGAGGACUCAGUCGGCAUGCGGAGGACAUCUUUGGUGAGCUGUUUAAUGAGGCCAACAGCUUCUACAUACGCAUGAACAGUUUACAAGAGCGUGUUGACCUGCUGGCUGUGAAGGUCACACAACUGGACUCCACUGUGGAGGAGGUGUCACUACAGGACAUCAACAUGCGGAAGGCGUUCAAGAGCUCCACCAUCCAGGACCAGCAGGUGGUGUCUAGAAACUCCAUACCGAACCCUGUCAUGGAAAUGUAUGAGCGCUGUGACAAACCACCCCCUCUAAACAUCCUCACACCCUACAGGGAUGACAAAAAGGACGGCCUCAAAUUCUACACAGAUCCCUCCUACUUCUUCAUCCUCUGGAAGGAAAAGAUGCUGCAAGCCACAGAAAACAAGAGGAAAGAGAAACGAAGGCAGAAGCAAGAGCAAAAACAUGUGGAGGAUCCCACUCGUGAGGUCAAGAAAGUCCGUAAAGCUCGGAACCGACGCCAGGAGUGGAAUAUGAUGGCGUACGACAAGGAGUUCCGCCCAGACACUCGACUAACACCAUCUCCUUACCACGGCAUGUCCUCGGAGGGGUCUCUCUCACCUGAUAGGUCUGGCAUGUCAGAUGAACACUCGUACCCGGCCAGUCCAAACAAUCCACAAGAUGCUGGGGUUGAUGGGAAAGACUCGGGCCCCACACAGACUCAGUCUCUGGACCGAGCGUACCGGCCUCCGGUCUCAGCCACAUCUGCUGCAGCCCGACAGCACUCUCUGGGACGCGUGCAGGCGCACCACGGACCACCGCUGGCAGACUCCUCCCUCAACGGACCACGUCCAACAGCUGCCAAAGAACACAGUGGUCAUCAAUUACCUGAACAUUUUGUCCCACCUGCACCUCCUCCACCUCCUCCGCUCAUCCCGUCAUCUCAAACCGCCUUUGACAGCACGUCUGGACCCCCGUUACUGGCUCCGGGUACAGUAGCUGCUCUUUCACGCCCCUACAGCCCAUCUCCUCCACCAGCUCCGCCAUCUGCCUACGUCCCCUCCCCUUCACAUCCUGUGAUAGGCGGCCCACCAGUGGCCCCGCCUCCUCCUCCACCAGGUCCUCCCACCCACGCCCCAUCCCCAGCCCGGGUUACACGUCCGCCUGGAGAGUCCACUCUACCCAGGAAGGGGCAGGUGCCUCUCAUCCCCAUGAGCGAUGCCCGCAGCGACCUGCUGGCCGCCAUCCGCAGAGGUAUCCAGCUGCGUAAGGUGCAGGAACAGAGAGAGCAGGAGGCCAAGAAAGAGCCGGUAGGUAACGACGUGGCAACCAUUCUGUCCCGACGCAUCGCAGUGGAGUACAGCGAAUCAGAUGAAGACUCUGAGCCAGAGGAGAACGAGUGGUCUGACUGAAGUGCCACCACUUACCCACAUCAUGCUGCUAUUUCCCAUACCUGCACAUACACACUCCUCAUACAGUCAGAUGGUCCUCCAGUGUAUGGGGCUAAAGAGAGAGUAUCAGAAUGCUGCAGAGGCCAUGACAGAGAGAGAGAGAGAGAGAGAGAAGGAAACAGUUUUUGUGCAAUACAAAGUGGAAGUAUGCAGUGCCAGUGCAGAAACAGAGGUAUGAAUAUAUGUGUAAAAGUGACAAAACAGUCUUUUUGUCUGACAAAAAUUACAUGACUGUGGCGACAUUUUUGCUAAUGAUAUUACGUGGUUCAUUACACGUAUCGCGGCUGUUCUAAGGUGAAAUGUCCUAUGUGUGACGCUAAAAGCGAGUUACAAUUUCUCCCAAACAGAUGAGGUUAAGGUUGAUGCUCUAUCGAGUUUUAAAUCAAUAUAACCGACCUCUCUACCUUAAACCUUAUACCUAAACCUAACUGAUAGUGUCAGAAAAAGCAAAUGUGAGAGGAAAAACACAAUUGCUGAAGCAACCAUGUCAUUUUGUGGUGCAUUUAUACACUUUUGGCUCACACGUCGAAUCGCUUGCUCUUCAGAGCUCGUACUGUGGUCUUUUACAUCACAAGUGCAACGCGCUAUCAGUUGAGCUACUGCACAAUUUCAUCACGUGCAAAGGAGCUCAGCGAUGUUGGUUAUGUAAUGCAAAUGUUAAAUUGUAUUGUCUAGUGCAGUCAUGCACUAUGAGUGUUUAGAUGUCAUAAUAUAGCAUUGCGUGAGAACAGGGUGAAAUGUAUUUAUGAACAGGUAAUCUGCCGUUUUACUCGUGAUUUGUGUGAAAGUACAUAAAAGUCAAUGUUUUUUUAGCGCCUCUAGUGUUCAUUUCAACAGGAUACUGCCGCAAUACGUAUACAACAGGCCAAUUCAAAAUCAUUUUGCAAAAAUGUAGGUAUAGUAAUGCAUUUCUGUGAUACCAGGUUGAAAGAAAGUUUGGUGAGAUAAGUACAGGAACUGUCAGAACAGUGUAUCUCAUAAUAAAAGUUUGUAAUUAUACUUGUUUGCUUUUUCUUUCAGAGUUGCCAAGAAAAUAUCUAUAAAAAAUAUCUGUUUUGUGAAUUUGAUUAUAUCUUUUGGUAGCAGUACAGAGAAUCAUGAAUAUAGUGAAAUACAUCUAUAUUUAGUGGUACACCAAAAUGAUUGUCAACAGUGGUAUUAGCACUUGUAUUAACGUUAUGUUAAAAAUUAUUGCCACAAAUUUCUUUGCGGUAUUUCUGGUUUGCUUCAUGUCCUCAAUACAGUAUAGACAAUCAAAUGAUCACUAUAGUAUAUAUUGAAAGUUACAUUUGUUCUUCAAUAACACAACUCUUUAUUAUUUAAUCAAUUUUGUCACUUUGUUCAAUUGUGGACAGUGUCGUGAUGAAUAUUUAUACCCCAGUUUAACAGUGAGUAAACUGAUUGUUUUCAUUAUUUGCUUUUUUUUUUCUUCUUUAAAGGUAAUGUGUGUAACUCUUUUGAUGUUAAAAUACUCUCCCCUAUCCCAGCUUAAAGGUACAGUCAGUAAGUUUUUGUUCUUGUCAUCUUGAAAUUACAGUGACACCUAGUGGUGUGGAUGCAGCAUCAUUCAAACGCAAUAGUUUUCAGUUACAGAUGCCACAGUAGAAAUAUAUACACAGUCAGCCAUGAUUAAUCCAUGAGUGAAAGUGUCCAAUAACAAGAUGGUUAAUGAAAUAAACGUGUAGUAUUCGGCUGGUCAUGUGAUCAUAACAUGACGCCCCCCACCCCAAUGAGGGGACCCGCUCCAUUUAGAAUAAAACAACUUUUAUAAGGUUACUGAUAUGACUAGAGUCCUCAUCUCAUGCGAGUGCUCAUGAUUUUAUACAUAUGUUUCAAAAUUGCAAUUAAUUUCCUAUGCAGUUAAACUUUUUUAAUUUGGAAAAAACUACUGAGUGCACCUUUAAAGAAAUAUCCUUAGUUCAAUACAAAUUAAGCUCAUUCGACAGCAUUUGUGGCAUAAUGUUGAUUACCACAAAAAGUAAUUUUGACUCGUCCCUUCUUUUCUUUAAAAAAAGCAAAAAUCGAGGUUACUAUGGAAGUUAAUGGGGCAUAUUUUAAGACAUUUUAAGAGGGUUUAAAGGCAGAAAUGUGAAGCUUAUCAUUUUAUUUAAGCACUUACAUUUAUUCUUCUGUUAAAACUUCUGUUAAAUUCUUUUUACCACACUCAUGUUAGCACUCAUAUUGUUUACGUCUUGUGUCUAUACUUUUGAAACAGUGAGUAUUUUAACAUUUAACAGAUUGUCCCCAUUCACUUCCAUUGUAAGUGCCUCACUGUAACCCAGUUACAGUUUUGAUGAGUCAAAAUAAAUUUUUGUGGUAAUCAACAUUAUGCCACAAAUGCUGUCGAUUGAGCUUAACUUGUAUUGAACCCGGAAUAUUCCUUUAAUAUGCAGAAUCAACUAUACAGUAAGUAAGCAACAUUGGCUCAACCAAUGGCUUGAGUUUAGGGCAGGACUAUCUGGUUUACUGACCAAUGGAAGACAGGGGAAUGAGUAAUUACACACUUCACCUUUAAUGAACAGUUAUGGCCAUUAAUUUAAUACUCUCUGUGUGUGUGUGUAUGUGUGUGUGUGUGUGUGUGUGUGUGUGUGUGCAAAGUGUAGAGCGCAAGACAAUGUCAUCUAUUUUUCUGUUGAGUUAUGUCCUCUAUACAAACCUCUUAAAGAUUUUAGAUGAAAACAUGCUGUGUCAUGACUAAAAAACAAUUCUGUCAGACUAUUAUUGUUUGUCACAAUGCUCUGUUAUUUAAAAGUAUUAUCAAGGUGUUUUACAAUUUAUUGUUGUAUACAUUUUUGUAACACUGCUUAAAAGAUAAAACUGGCAUAUUCGUAUGUUUCGAUGGCUGUCUGUCACUUUGUAAGAAUAAAGCCUAAUAUGCAUGUGCGAGUAACAAAUAAAAGCGAUUUCCUGUCUUGUCAUCAUAAUUUGUGCUCAUUGUCAUUUGAAAUGGAGAAUAUAUAU